GCCUUGUACCAAAACCCUCUGAUAAACCCUCUUCCCCAAAAGAGAAGUCCAACAAUGGCGAACAUCGCUAACCUGUGUGCAACAACCCCGGUGGCAGGCGGCGGAGUUUCAGCCAUAAAUCCACUGAAACUAUCCUCCUCCUCGUGUAGCUCCGCCGUACCCACCUCUAUCUUUUUCUCCAGAAGAAAAGAUGCAGCCUUUGUCACAGCGCCACGUGUGAAUCAAUCUAGAAGCAUCUCCUUUAAUGUAAAAUCUCAGUACAUGACACCUCAAGAACAAAAUCACCAGCAACAAAAGGCUCCUCCUUCUUAUGAUUCCCCUUUCCCCUCUCAGCCUGGGCAGUUGCCACCAAGAGUUUACGUGGGGUACUCGAUAUAUAAAGGGAAAGCUGCUCUUACUGUGGAGCCUCGCCCACCAGAGUUCUUCCCUUUGGAUUCUGGGGCGUUUAAGCUGUCGAAGGAGGGCUUUGUGUUACUCCAGUUUGCUCCUGCAUCUGGUGUUCGUCAAUACGAUUGGAGUAGGAAACAGGUGUUCUCAUUGUCAGUGACUGAAAUCGGAAAUAUAAUGAGCCUCGGAGCAAGAGAUUCUUGUGAAUUUUUUCAUGAUCCUAAUAAAGGAAGAAGUGAUGAAGGUAAAGUGAGGAAAGUGUUGAAAGCGGAGCCCUUGCCCGAUGGUUCUGGCCAUUUCUUCAAUCUCAGUGUUCAAAACAAGCUCACGAAUGUGGACGAGAACAUUUAUAUCCCCGUCACAAAGGCAGAGUUUGCUGUUCUCGUUUCGUCGUUUAACUUUGUUAUACCGUACCUAUUGGGCUGGCAUACUUUUGCAAACUCGAUAAAGCCUGAAGAUUCAAAUCGUGUAAACAGCGCCAAUCCUAGAUCCGGUACCGUCGACUACGAAUGGAGCAGAUAGUGUAACGGUUCACUAUCAAUUUUGCUUGGGUUGUCGUGAAGGUAGGACGAACGAAUGGUUUGUUGUAUUUAACGAACCGAUUUACAAUAUGUAGGAUUUAAUAUGUAUGUUAUUAUAUCGGAAGGUCGUUAAAGAUUGAAAGUAAUGUUUGUUUAGUAAUUCGAGGUGUGACAAAUUGUUUACUAAAUAUGUCAAAUUUUGUACCUUUAAUUAAUUGGAGCAGUUUUGGGUCCUU